AUGGGAUUGCUUGAAGACGCGCGAAGACUCGCCGACACCUACGGACCAGAGGCGGCGCGACAUGUAGCAUCUGCUGCAGACAAGGCAUGGACACACGGUAGCGCUUUCGGCCAAGAGGUAGCAAAGCGUGCUGGCCCAGUCGCUGCAGAUGCGAAAACUCAUCUUAACAGACUCAGCAACGAAGCUGGCAAGCAUGCUGCUCCUAUCGCCAGCAGUGCCUCGAAGCAUGCUAUGGAACUCGCCCGAGCCGCUUACAACAGCGGCAAACAAGGUCUACAAUCCAUACCGCAACUUCCAGGUGGAUACAUCAACGAGGAAUACGACUGGAACUUCAUCGCACAAUUUGGCGAAGACAUGGCGAAGCAUCUUGGCAGUACAGCAGGCGACUUCUGGGAGAAACUAGGCAGCGGCGACAUCCUCCAUGACAUUGGUCAGGCCGCUAUCCCGAAUAUCGAGUUCACCAAAGAAGAUCUCUCGGGGUUCAGUGAGAGGCUCAAAGAAUGGGUUCUCGCCAAUCCUAAACAGUUCUCCACCUUGUUGGCCUGUGUUGCCUCGGGCCCCAUCGCUCUUGCUGUCACACCAGCCAUGCUGGGCCUUAUCGGAUUCACACCCAUCGGUAUCGCUGCCGGUAGCGCUUUUGCCAUUCUUACCAGUGCUGCAAUGGGAGGGUAUGGGCUUGCGAUUGUCCAGGCGUUUGUCAUGGGCUCGAGUAUGACAGGAACUUGCGGUGUCGCAGCUCUGGCGUUCUUGCAAGCUGUUAAGGAAGACGAACAGUGUAGGAAACUGAAGACGGAGUAA